AUGAAAGCCCUGGAUGGACGAUUUUCUUCCAAUGUCUGCGAGAAUUGCGAUGAUGCUCAAAUACCUGCGGUACCACUGUUGGCGAUGAAUGGUAACCAGGCCAUAAGAGGGGAAAUUUCGGAAGAGGACGAAGUAGAUAUCGUAGAGGCAGAAUUACAAGAUAAAGAAAAAUAUAAGGAUCAUAAGAAAAAGAAGCUCAAAAGAAAGAAAAGGAAAAGAGGAGUUUUCACUGGACCAGAUGAUAAUGCUAAGGCAAGUGUUUUCCAGCUAUGUUCACACCCAGCUAAAAUUCCAAGGCACUUGGAGUAUGCGAAUAAGCACAGCAAUAGUAUAGAAGAACAUCACACAGUUUCUGAAUGUCAUAUAGAAGUAGAAAAAAGGAAUGAAGUAGGAAAUGUAGAAAAAAUGGUACUUGAGCGAGAGCAAAAUGAAAGAGGAAAAGAAGUGUUAAAAGAGAGGAAGAAGAGAAUUGAUAAACAGGAAUUCGAUUCGGCUUCAACAGAUGAGAAAAUACUGGAUAAAAAUGAUGGUAAUUAUGACGAGGAUGAACUUUCUUUACACAGGAAUGGCAUUUUAUAUUAUGUCCAAGCUAGAAAACCUGCAACAGAAACAGACGUAUUAAUUUCUGAGUCUCUUAACGAACCUCAUUAUGCAUUAAACUACAGGAGGAAAAAAUGA